AUGGAUCCAUGGCCCUUUCCCUUGAACCUUGACAGCCGCGCAGUUCUUGCAGAAAAUGGGCCAUGUUUGGGCCUCCGCUGGGUGAGAUGCUUUAUGAUAUUCAGAAUGGCGCGCUCUCUGAAUGAGUGGCUGUGGCAGCAUGAGUUCUGGCUGCUCCCAGGAAUCACCUGGCAGGACAUGCAAGAGUCUGAAGACGUCCAUUACCCUCAGCCUCGUGAUCUCCUGCUCGGUAUCCCUUUUGCUUUAAUCUUGGUUGUCAUUCGAUGUGCCUUUGAAAGAGCCAUAGCCCUGCCCCUCAGUAGAAAACAGUGUGAGAGAGAAGCAGAGACCAAAAGCUCAGCCCAACCCCAUGCUGGAACCCUGAAGAGGUGA